AGACAGACACGCACGCGCACAGAAACCUCGCGUGUGAGAGCGAGAGAGAAAGAGGUGUUGCGUGAUCCGGGUGUCUCCAUGUUGUGGUCCGGUGCGUGAGCAGCUGUGAGGUGUGAUGUCCGGAGGUUUAUCGCUUCUGGUUGUGUUAUCGGACGCGGAUCGGAUCAGACACUGAUGCCGGGAUGGGAUCUGAUAAACAGCACGACUGCCUGCGUGGUCGGUGUCUGGGCUUCCUCAGACGUCUGGAAAUCGACGCCCGGUUUCGGUACUAUUUCCAGCACCCGUGGUCUCGUCUGAUCGUGGCCUACCUGGUCAUCUUCUUCAACUUUCUGAUCUUUGCAGAAGACCCCGUGUCUCACAGCCAGACGGAAGCGCACAUGAUCGUGGUGGGAAACUGCUUUUCCUUCGUGGUGAAUAAAUACCCGGGAGGAGGAUGGAACGUCCUUAAAGUCCUGAUGUGGAUUCUCGCCAUCAUCACGGGCCUCAUCGCCGGAAAAUUCCUCUUCCAUCGACGUCUGUUUGGUCGUAUCUUACGUCUGAAGAUGUUUCGUGAAGAUCACGGAUCGUGGAUGACGAUGUUCUUCAGCACGAUUCUCUCUCUGUUCGUCUUCUCGCACAUCUACAACCUCUUUCUGCUCAUGAACGGACGGAUGGGUGCCCACAUGGUGACAGAAUACAUGGGAAUCAGAAAAGAGAGUUUUAUGAAGAUUGCUGCUGUAGGAACUUGGAUGGGUGAUUUCGUGACGGCAUGGAUGGUAACAGACAUGAUGCUACAGGACACACAUUACCCAGACUGGGGCAAAACAGUGAGGCAUUUAUGGAGGAAGGGCAACAACAGAAUCAUACUCUUCUGGACGGUGCUGAUCUCUCUGACGUCUGUGGUGGUUCUGGUCAUCAGUACGGACUGGAUCAGAUGGGAUAAUCUGAACCGUGGGUUUCUGCCCAGCGAUGAGGUCUCCAGAGCGUUUCUGGCUUCAUUCAUCCUGGUCUUUGACCUUCUCAUCAUCAUGCAGGACUGGGAGUUCCCUCACUUCAUGGGCGAUCUAGACAUGAACCUUCCGGGCCUUUCCACCACCCAGCUGAAAAUCAAACUGCCCGUGUGCAAGCGGAUCUUUAAAGAGGAAUAUCACAUUCACAUCACGGGGAAAUGGUUUAACUAUGGCAUCCUAUUCUUGGUCCUCAUUCUGGACCUGAACAUGUGGAAGAACCAGAUCUUCUAUAAGCCCUAUGAAUACGGCCAGUACGUGGGUCCGGGACAGAAGAUCUACACCGUCGAGGACCCAGACACCCUGCGGGACUUCAACCGCAGCACGUUGACCUGGCAGUGGCGCUCGGAGAACACAGAUCCCCGCUUCAACCAGACGUACGUCCGGAGAGACAUGUUCCUGCACAGCCGGUAUGUGGGCACCAGUCUGGAUGUCAAAUGCCUGGCGUUCAUUCCGAGCCUGGCGGCGUUCGUUCUCGUCGGGUUCUUCAUUUGGCUCUUCGGUCGUUUCCAAGACAGCGAGACGUUCCCGGAGAACCAAGACAAGACCUACGAGCGCAUCAAGAGAAAGUCGCCAUCCGAUCCGGGAGCGACGCCAGAGGACGCUCACAUCACCAUGAGCAAGACGCUGAAGAGAACCGGAACGCCCAUGCUGCUCCUGGUCGACGCUCAUCACUUCGGCUCAUCGAGUAGCUCCAUAUCGCCGUGUUCGAACGAAACUCAGGAGAUGCAGUCUGGCGUGGCUGUCGACAGAGUUGACCCUGAUGGCUCUGUCGACGUCAACAAAUUAACACCGUAAUCAAGCCAAUGUCCAAAUGUUUGAUGUUGGUCCAACGUUCCUCCAAAUCCUCCGAAGGAUGUUGACUUUUGGGAUCUUUAAAACUGCACUAAAACUACCAUGAACAUUCAUCUUUUCUAUAUUUUUAUACCGAGCUUUUCAGAGAUCCCAUUUACAGCACCAACUUUAUGAACUUUUCCACAUUCCUCGAAGAGGGUGUGUGGUGCUCGACGUCUCAUGUUUUUCUACGUCUUUUUAUGUACUGGUGCCUACAUGAUAUAAUACUGUACUGAGCGCAUGGCAUAACCGUCAUGAAAUGUUACUCUUAUUUAAAAGCUGUGCCUUUGAUAGAUAAACCUACUGCUAACGGCUGGUACAGUAAGUUUUACGGAUUCGCUAACAUACACACGUUUUGGUGAAACAAAUCUGCAAUGAACAGAAUUUUCAUGUAGAAAUUAUGAUUUAUAAAUAAAGUCGCUGUGAAUCAGACUGUGCCCAUAAGCAUGAGACCCAUUCUCCAAUCUCAAUAUUUAAAAUGUUUGUUGGACUUAAAUCUACAUAUACAAGACAACACACUUAAAUGUCUUGAGUUAUAAGAUUUGUGAAUCAACCAGAUACGUUUACAUGCAUGUACUGAAAAUUCUGAUGUGACUGUUGAAUAUAAAAGAGUUUGAUUCUGUAGCUACUGGAAAUCACCAUUAACAGACUAACAAAUUAACUAAAUGGAAGCUGCGUAUCAUACAUCUCAUUUAUAUCUCAGUUAUUUCUCACACACAUCAAUAAGAUAAAAUGGAAAGCAAAUGGAAACUUUUGCUUAAGUCUCAUCCGUGUCUCAGAUAUUUCUUGUGAGAAAAAGAGUCAGAAAUGUCUCUUGUCAUUAGAGUUUGAGAAGAGAAACUGAGCUCAGAUUUGUCUCGUCUGCAAUCAAUAUUAUUGAAGAUCUCAAUAUCAACUCAAACAUUUCUCAUCACAUUGACUCAAAUCCAGAUUAUUUUACAUCUAUGAUCUACAUGUAUAUUCAUUUUACACCUCCAUAUUCGUUUCUUCCUUUAUAUUUUCUUAAGCAAAUUUAGGAGAAACAUCUGAGACUAAGUUGAUCUUGAAAUGAGACACAACUGAGAACUCAACAUCUAAUCUCCUGAGCUAAGAAAGAGCAAUCACAAUUCCCUCUUGGGUGUUUCUCAAGUAGAUGUAUUUAUAUUCAUGUUGGUUUUAAUAUUUUGUCUUUACAUUCUGUUUGGGAUGAGCUCUCUUCAAAUGUUUGGUUGGUGAAUAUCACACCACCAUCCGUCUGAUGUCCUCAAAUAUCAAACUGUAUCGUCGAUAAAUGACCCACUCUGACAUGCAAGUGGUUUUGAAUGUUUUUGGUGAAAAUGAUGCUUUAAAACGCCUCGGCUGUUGGCAUCACCUUGCGGUGACCUUGUUGCCAAGCAACCACUCAUAUCCAGCCCCUGUCCAGAUGUCGGUCCGGUUGAGCUGAAAGUGCCAUUCAACCGCUAUCCAGGAAUGUUCGGUAGACAUACAUUAGACAUCAUUACAGGUCAAAACACCUGUGACUUAUAAAGGCAUUUAUACGAAAAGCUGCUGAUUUCACUCAUAAAAGACAAACUGGCAACAGCUUUCUUAAAGUGUUUCAAUUGAUUUUCUUGAAGUCUCCAAUAGUUUGCUUGAAUUUCCCACUGUGUGUUCAAAUCACCUUUCCAUUUCAACAAACAAUUCCAGUUUUCUGUUCACAUUCAAGAGGGAAUCUAGGCCUCACCUUUGAU